AUGAGAAAAGAGAUGGAAAACAAGCUUGAAGCAAAAGACAAAAGCAUUCAGAAAAGAAUACCACGUUCGGUACCAAAAGGAAAGGAAAAGAACUAUAAGUAUAUGAUUUAUACUGAAGAUAUGGAAGACAAUGACAUGGUUAUGUUGCAUUUAGUCAGAAGAAACAACAAAAGCUUUUACGACCUUGCUAAGAUUUACAAAUCUGACAGAAAUUGGUUCUAUCGCGAAAACUUACCGAUUUCAAUGACUCCAAAUGAAGAUGUGAAACAAAUAGUUCAAGAUACGUUACCUCAAACACACUAUGAUAUUAAAGGUUGUACAAUUUUUACCUUCAAAGAAGAUUUGCCAUUGUUAAAGGAAAAAAUAACAGAGUAUUUUGACAACUUCAAACAAGUAGGGUAA